AUGGUAAGAGACACUCUUCAUGAAAAUCCUUGUGCUAAUUUGAAGUUAAGAUUAAUUGGAAAAAAAGAACAAGAUGGAAGGACGUAUAACUUACCAAGUUCUUCUGAGGUUGCCGCUUUAGUUGUUGGUGACAUUUGUGAUUCAAUUGAAAAAAGAGAUAUUGUUGUUCAAACUUCAUCAGGAUUAUUACAACGAAUCAGUGAAUUACAUCCUUCUUACCUUGCUCUUCAGUAUCCAUUACUAUUUUCAUAUGGUGAUGAUGGUUACAGAGUUGACAUCCUUCAUAGAGGUAUUUCAUCUUCAACUAAUAGCAAGCGGUCGACCUGUACAAUGAGAGAAUUUUUCGCUUACAGAAUUCAAGAUAGGGAUCAAUCGUUCUCACUGAUUCUUAAUGCAAAAAGGUUGUUCCAACAAUUUUUGGUUGAUGGUUAUACCAUGAUUGAAAGUGAGAGACUAUUUUUCAUACGUAACCAACAAAAAAUUCUUAGAUGUGAGUCUUAUGAGAAAUUGCGUAAUCAACAAGCACUUGGGAUUACAGAUAUUUCUAAUGUCGGGCAACGUGUGAUCUUACCUUCUUCAUUUACCAGUGGUGCACACUAUAUGAUGCAAAACUAUUUGGAUGCCAUGUCACUCUCUAAAUGGUUAUUUAAGAUCAAGUUGGAUGCGUUUAUUAAAGAUGUAAGGGAAAAUGAAGUUUUUGGCAAGGUUCAAGCAGUUGUUUAUACGAUUGAAUUUCAAAAAAGAUGUUUGCCUCAUAGUCAUAUAUGUCUGUUUAUGCAUGCUGACUGCAAGGUUCCUACAGUUGAAUAUAUCGAUCCUAUUAUUUCUGUUGAGAUUCCAAAUAUCAAUGAUGAUCCAGAAUUGAGAAGAGACGAUGGGCAUUUUGUUGAAAAAUCUGGUGUUCAAUUAGAUAACAGAAAUGUUGUUCCAUACAACAAAUAUCUAUUGAAAAGAUAUCAAGCACACAUUAAUGUUGAAUGGUGCAAUCAAGGAUCUUCCAUAAAGCAUCCUACUGUGAUUAGACUAACUUUUCAUCUUCCUGAUCAACAACAAGUUGUAUAUGAGGCAGACGAUGACAUUGAAGAUGUUCUUGAUCGCACUUCAAAUGCUUCUUCAAUGUUCACAUUUUGGAUGAAGUGUAAUGAAAUCAAUAAAGAAGCACGAAAACUUACAUAUAUUGAAUUUCCUACAAAGUUUGUUUGGAAACGUAAAGGUCUGUUUUGGAAGCCAAGGAAAGUUGGAUAUGCGAUUGGUAGAAUUCACUCGGUUUCACCUAAACUUGGAGAAGCAUAUUUCUUAAGAAUUCUUUUAAAUAAAGUGAAAGGUCCUAAAUCAUUUGAUGAAAUUCGCACAGUCAAUGGUCAACUAUGUUCAUCUUUUAAAGAUGCGUGUUAUAAUCUUGGCCUUUUAGAUGAUGACAAAGAAUUUAUUGAUGCAAUUAAGGAAGCAAGUCUUUCUGGAUCUGGUUUUUAUCUACGGUUCUUAUUUGCUACCAUGCUAUUGUCCAACAGUUUGUGUAAUCCAGAGAUUGUUUGGCAAAACACAUGGGAAUAUCUGUCAGAUGGAAUUCUGUACUAUCAACAACAAAGAUUAAAGUCUCCAGGUUUAUCAUUAAACGAAGAUCAAAUUAAAAACUUGACUUUGUUUGAGAUAGAACAAAUCUUACUUCGUAACAAUUCCAGCCUUAAAGAUUAUGGAAAGAUGCCUUACCCAGAUGUUGAGUCUGUUUCAUCUUCAAACAAUCGUCUUAUUACCGAGGAGCUAGAUUAUGAUAUACCAACUUUAAAGAACGAAUUUGAUCGGCUGUUUGUUAAAUUAACAAAUGAGCAACGGGACAUUUUUCUAGAUAUCAUGGAUGCAGUUAAACAUAAUAAGGGAGGUGUAUUCUUUGUUUAUGGUUAUGGUGGAACUGGUAAGACAUUUCUUUGGAAGACAAUUUCUACAACAAUUAGAGCUCAAGGUCAGAUUGUUUUAAAUGUUGCUUCAAGCGGGAUAACUUCAUUAUUAUUGACUGGAGGCAGGACAACACACUCUCGGUUUAGAAUUCCCAUAAAUCUUACUGAGGAUUCUUAUUGUAGAAUAAAUCCAAAAAGUGAUCUUGCAAGUUUAGUAAGAAAAACCUCAUUGAUCAUUUGGGAUGAAGCACCCAUGGUACACAAACAUGCAUUUGAAGUUUUAGAUCGAACUCUGAAGGAUAUAUUAAAGUGUGUCAAUCCUACGAAUUCAAAUAUUCCAUUUGGAGGGAAAGUGAUUGUUUUUGGAGGUGAUUUCAGACAAAUUCUACCUGUUGUUCCAGGUGGCAGUAGACAAAACAUUGUUAAUGCCUCCUUAAGUUCUUCCUAUUUAUGGCAACAAUGCAAAGUUCAUAAAUUAACAAAAAACAUGAGGUUAACUGUUGGAAGCGAUCCGUCUGCUAUUGAAAAAAUAAGGGAUUUUGCAGAUUGGCUUUUGGACAUAGGAGAAGGUAAUCUUGGUGGUCCGAAUGACGGUGAAGCAAUUGUCGAUAUUCCACGAGAUAUUGUUAUUACUAAUCCACAUGAUCCUAUAAGUUCAUUAAUCAGUUUUGUAUAUCCUUCUUUACUGGAUAACUUCAACAUUGCUGAUUAUUUUCAAGAAAGAGCAAUACUAGCUCCCAAGAAUGAAGUUGUCCAAGAAAUAAAUGAUCGUUUGCUGUCAUUGUUUCCAGUAGAAAAAAAAAAGAAUACUUAA